AGUUGGUGCAGGCUCUCGACCACCGCCAUCGGUGAGCGGCGACACCUACUAGCUCGCGUCCGCACCCGCCCGGCCGCCUGCGAGGGUGUCGCUGGCUGGCCGCAGCGCUGGACCCGCACAAGCCGAGCCAUCGGCGGCGACCGGGUCGAGGGCGAAAUCGGCCCCUCAAAAACGGCGCGGUCUCCCCUGGGAUAUUCCCAGACUGCUACUCGCUCGACAGCUGAUGGCCCCUCAGCGGGCUGCCAUCGCCGCCGCCGCUGCCGCUUUCGCGCUCGCCUUUGCAGGAUGUGCAGGCCUACGAGCGCUCGUGCGCUACCGCCGCCGCCGACUUCGCCGCGCCAGCCAUCUGCCAACCUAUCUGAUCUCGCUCCGGCGCAGGCCGGCCCGCCGCGCCGCCGCCCUCGACCGCGCGGCGAGGGCCGGCCUCUGCAGCGUGAGGGUGCACGACGCUGUCGACGGAAGGGAGCUGGACGCGACGGAGCUCCGGUCGCGUGGCGUGCGCCUCUGGCGCGGCUGGCGGCUCGAGGGCGCGCGCUACCGCUUCUACGCGCGCGAUCUCAAGUGGGGAGAGGUCGGCUGCGCCCUCUCCCACCACGCAGUCUGGGAGGAGGUUGCGAGGCGGCGGCUGGCGCGCGCGAUUGUCGCGGAGGACGACGUCGAGUUCACGCCCGCCUUCGAGGAGCUGCUCACGGGUGCGCUCGCCCGCCUCGACGACCUCGUCGCGGCGGGGCGGCUCGCGCCGCCGGACCUGCUCUACCUCGGCAGGAAGGCGUGCUGGCCAGCCCGUGAGGUGUGCGUCGACGACCCUCCGAGCGGCGUUGAGGUGCGGCUGCGGCUCGUGCGGCCCUCCUUCUCGUACAAGACGACCGCGUACGUGCUCUACGCCUCGGGCGCGCGCAAGCUGCUCCGCUCCGGCUUCCUCUCGCACCUCCUCCCGCUCGACGAUUUUCUGCCCGCCCUGUACGGGCGGCACGAGCCGGGGCCGGGCCUCGCGCGGGCGGAUGUGGACGCGCUCGUCGCGGGCGCGCCGCGGCUGACCGCUUACGCGGUGCGGCCGCUGGCGUGCUGGGAGCGGCGCGGACUCAGCGACACGGAGGCGAGCGAGGAGGUCGCGGGACGAACUUGAGGAUUCCCGCAAGCAUGCCGGUCGACCCCCCGUCCCUAGCCCCGUCCCCGCGCGGGCGGCGCACGCGCCCCGCCGGAGCCUCAAAUGCACCCCUUCGUGGGAACGAAUAAAUUUCUGUGGCUGGGGUGCAGCGUGCAGGCAGGAGAGCAAGCUUGUUAUAGGGAUAAACGAAUC